UACUUUCACAAUGGCGGAAAAGUAUUACUCUACACGAUAUCAAAUUUGUGAUGUGACUGUAAUACCUCUGGUAAUACAUUGAAAAAUAACUAAAUAAUUUAUGAUUGUUGGGAGGAAAUCAUAUUACUACACAAAUUAUCCAUAAAUUGGAAAAUUUAAAAAGAUUUAAUUGUAUUAGCAGAAGCUCAAAUAAUAAAUGGAAAAUGCCCCAGAUACUAAACCAUAGGAAGAUUAAAAAAUCACAGAAGAGGGUAUUGGUUAAAAGGAAACAUUUUUUAACGAAUUACCAUGAAACUAAGUCUUACAAACCAUUAUGUAAACAGUUACAAAGUAACAACAAUUCAUUAGCAAAAGCAUUAUCUAAAGAAAAGCAUGAAGGUCAGUUAUUAUUUUCCCAAAAUGUUGCUUUAAUUGCUGAAGUACAAGAUUUAGGUUUAGCUUGUAAUAAACGUGAUGCCAUUAUAUCAAAUAUCCUAAAGAAUGCUAAAGAAAUGCUUAAAAUGUUAGUGACGUUGACUGGUUACUUAACGAAUACAAUUUCAUCUUGUCAAGAAUUUGUAGAAUCUGUUGCCACGAAUAUGCAGAUGUCUUAUAAUUCUGCUGGAAAAAGGGAAUCGCUGAAAAGACUGUCAAUAAAAUCUCCAACUAGAGGAGUAGUGAAGCCUAUGGUGAGCGGUUACACCAUUACAAAACCCACCAUUAAUUUAAGUAGAUUAAAUAUGCAGCAUAUUAAUACUUCAUCAAACUUAAGUAUAAUACCGGAGGUAAGAACACCCCCCAGAAAUCAAGAGUUAAACAACUCAAUGUCUCCUAAUGAAGUCUCUGUAAGACGUACAUGCAAAAAUGGUCGCACAUACAGAAUGCCUGAAAGAUUGUCUCCUUUAACAGUUGCUUCACAAAGAGACAGUGAUGAGAGUGAACAAAGAUUAAGCGAGAGAAGUAGCAGAAGUUCUACUGAACGGAUGUCAGGAAGAAUAUCAGAAAGAAUGUCAGGAAGAAUAUCGGGAAGAAUGUCGGAAAGAAUGUCGGAAAGAAUGUCAGGAAGGAUAUCGGAAAGAAUGUCAGGAAGAAUAUCGGAAAGAAUAUCAGGAAGGAUGUCGCAAAGAAUAUCAGAAAGAAUUCCAAAGUCGAAGUCAAGAUCGCCGAAGAAUCGCAGCUCUCGAUGUAAUAUUGAAAAUUUGGAACGUAUAAGAAGUCCCAGAGUGAAGCUUAACGACGUAUCGAAAUUAUUGCAAAAUUCUCAUACUAUCAAUAUUCGAAUGUUAACAGAGAAUCAAAAUAGUCAGGAAACUGAUAGGUCAGGAUGUAGUAACGAAGAAGAUGAAGAUUCUCAGACUAAGAUUAUAGCAGAGACAUCAACUCCCGAUGAUUCUGGAAAUAAUAAUGAUGGAACCACCGGGGAUGAAAAUGAAGAAAGCAACAAUGAAUUAGAUACGACAGAUGAACAAAAGAAAGAGAAAAUAAAUGAAACAAAAAAUAUUACAUCAAACUGGGAGGAUCCUCUUGAAGGACCAAGUUGGUUAUUUGAUAAUUCCCAAGUCGUGCCUUCUUUUACAAAUAACGACAAAAAGACUGAUGAUGUAGAUGUUUCUAAUGAUGAUAGUAUAAGUUUCGUAUUAACAGAAAAAGAAUCAAAGAAUCUAUUUGAAGAAACUGUGCAACAAAUGUCGCCACUAUCAAUGUCAAGUAGAUGUGCAAAUCACGUGAAUAAUUCCAAGAAUAGUAUACAAACAAAUAAUGAAGAUGAAUCUAAUAUACCUCAACAAAAUGAAAACAACUAUUAUAACGGAGCUAUAGUGACAGAUGCAAAUGAAAACGAAUGUAAAACAGAGAAUGCUUCUACAACGAAUUUGCAAAAUUACAUUACACAAAGACGAGGCUAUUUUGAAAGUGACGAUGAAGAUGAUUUCACGCUAAUAUACACACGACAACCACGUAAUGUGCAUUUUGACAUAAAUGACUUAAAGCUGCCAGUACUAGAAGAGUCCGCUUUGAAACCAAUAAUUCCAGCUGAACCAGAACCAGAAAUAACGACUACCCUUCGAAAGAUAUCCCAAAUUUGUCCAAUCCCAUCUGUUUCGCAUGACACUUUGAACGAAUCAACGUUUAACCAGUCUACCGUAAAUUUGCCACUGCUUGCGAAUAAUGAUAAUGAGACCAUAGAGUUGGCGCCAGUAAAAAAAGAAGCAAAACUAUCGCAGCAGAAGAAUAAAAGACAGAAGGUAACUACGACGCACUUCGGUGAUUUUGUUGAUAAUACACCACCACUCAAGAAAAAUAAUUCUUACAAAAAGAAGAAAGGCAAACCCAUGAAAGAUCCAAGUGCUGUUAAAGUAGUGCUGCAAAAAUUGAACGAAUCCGAUGUUAAAUCUAGGACACCUUCUCCAAAUGAAACAAUUUCUCGUGAUUGUAAUCAAUCUUUAAGUCCUGUAUCUUCACGUGUGGACAAUUCAAGCGAUUCAGAAAGUAGUACAAGUACCAAUAGCACAUUUACUUGUAAUCGCCCUAGACGAAAACGUGCUCAGAUUUCAUAUCAUGAACCUAAUUUGAUAAAGAAAUUACGGAGGAAUCGAUAAUUAUAAUGCAAUAUUUGUCGAUAUUGGAGAAGCGAUUAAUAAAAUACUGUCAUGUGUUUUGUAAGACACAUUGAUAUUCCCUUUGAUGUAAAUAAGUUAUUAAUGCGUGUGGUGAGUUUCAUUGGACGGACUUCUUGAAAGAAGGGAAGAAAAUGAAGACAAAAAUAGAAACUAAAUUAAUUUCUUCAAACAUCUAUAACAUACUAUACAGCAAGUUCACACUUCGAACUGUUCUGCUUCCAUCGCUGCGCACAUUUUUAUUAAAUCAGCAAUUGUUAAUUAUUUACAGGAAAUCGGCUUGCUUUGACGUAGUCAUAGCUUCGAUGAUUUUGGCUUCCUCUCGUAGUAGUGUUCGUAUGAUGUACUUUUUGUAUCCUUAACUAUGUUUCAAUGAAUAAACCAACAUUUUAGAA